AUGGACGAGAGCAAGGAAGAUGCUAUCAACCUUGAUCUUUAUGCUCCUGCUUCUAGUCUGCGAAGUUCCCAAGGGCGAGCGCAGUCACCUCGGAGCGAUACCUUUCAACCGUUACCCGUCACAGAAAGCGGUGCCGAGGGGUCUCGACCACCUAGACUCGACCAUCAGAAAUACCCAGCCUCAGCUAGUCAUGGCACACCAUGUGACGGAAUUGUUCAGGAAGCACUCCAGCUAAGAUCACGCUAUUUCAAAGGCCCAGCCAUUCACAGCCCAAAAGAUAUGUCUUCAUCCGCAGACCCUGAUGACGGAAGUACUCGUUCGUUCAACGGUGUUCCUCGCCGUCGCUCGAGUAGCUUGGAAGCCUAUCUCUCCAAAGACAGAAGGCCGUUCAGAUACAAUGACCAACCAGUCAUACCUACUGGUUAUCCGAUUGCGCCAAAUAACGACCUGUCGACCGUUAGGUUUGAUAUUCCUUAUUCCAACCACCGCCGAGUGCACGGGCACGCAAUGUCUUCAUGGCAUUCACCAUCUGGAUUUCAUCCUCCCGGGUCGGAUCCUGUGGUACCUUAUGUUGCGUCGCACGUACUACCUCAACAUCUUACAUCACAAUAUCUCCCUACUUCCGUGAUCACGGUGCCGCCAUCCCCAUUCUCACAGUCAUCUAGCGCUAGCUAUGACAUGUAUCUUCAACAUGGAACUUCCGGUGACAUCAAUACUGCCAAUCAAGAUCGUGGACCGCUCAUCGUAACUUUCAAAAUGUCGAGAUUAAUAUGUUGGAACCCAUUUCUCCUAGUGAAGUUAGAAGAUAUCAACGGAAAAUCAAGCCGUCGAAUAAAGCGUGGAAAGACUGACCCUUUGACACAUGAGGACCAUGAACGUGCGGGGUGGUUUCAGAAAAUACACCCAGAGGGAGCAGUAUACUACUUACACAAAGAAAGGAGGAUUUUUACGGACGCGCCUCUAGCCAAGCUUGAAUAUCUCUGUGCUGCUGAGGAAGCCUUCCGAGUUAUCGAGGGCAUGAUAGAUCCAGCUAUUCACGAUUUAGCCAUUGACACUGAGAUGGUUCUGGAGCUGACUAAAGUAGGAGAAAAAGAAGACGAUCACCUGUCUUUCUUUCACUGUGGCUAUUACUUAGUGUCCCAUGACACUAGAUCCGUCUUCUGGCCGCAAGACUUCAUGCCCAUCAAGAUAAGCGGCAACGUCAAGAAUGUCGAUCAGCUUAGUCAUCUAGGUCAUGCCAUGGAGUCAGAGUACUGGUAUGCACAAAUGAAAACAGUUACUUCUGAUGCUCCUUCCCUAUCGCCCUUUAACUCGGAAGAACUUUCGAAAAUCGCAGAUUUUGCACAUCAUGCACAUGAUGUACAUUUGAAAGGCCUCCAAGUUAUAUGGGUCGACCAGCUUCUGAACUACAUUCCGUGGAAGAAGUUUGUCUCUAAGUGCCGGGCCGAGUGGACAGGAUACACGCUCCUUUCUACUGUUAUCUUGAACGCGAACAUCGCUUUCCUGGCUUUGGCUAACGUCACCCCUCAGCCAGGGACAAUUCAGUCAUAUCCUCAAACCGCUGCUCAAGCACUCAGCUACGCAUCUACGGUGGCGAGCUUUGGAUCGGUCGUGUUGGGCUUGGUUCUCCCUCGGCGAAAUCAUACGGGGUCUCGCAAAGCAGCUGAUCAUGACAGUUAUUUGCUCACCAAAGUCACGGGCCAUGAUCUCGGGCUUGAGGCAUUGGCUAUUGUACUAAGCCUACCUUAUGGCCUGCUUUUAUGGGGGAUGGUAUUUUUUAUAGCGGCCUUUGCUGCGUUGACAUAUCAAUCAACCGACAUUUUGGUAAAAUCAGUGGUCAGUGCUGUCGGAGGCAUCACAGUGAUACUGGUCUUGUCACCUGUGGUCAUGUCUCGGAGACUGUAUUACUGGAUACCUCGUUUUGGAGACUCAAAGCCUAGUUCAUUUGGGCGGGAGAUUAUGAAGGUACAAUCGAGACUCGACAGCACCGCACUCUCGGAUCCGGCGGCAUACCUAAGGCGCGAGCGUGGAGCCAUCAGCCCAUAUCCUAGGGCGAAGGAGCUAGUUCCUGUAUCCUUACGGAGUCACAGAAGGCCCUCAACUUCGUUGCCGCCACCGCCACUGCAGGCCGAUGCCGAACUACGAAAAGCCAAGAGAUACAUACCACCAUCUAUAUCUGAACCAUAUGUACCGUCAGUGCCAAGUUCGCCUUCGUUGGAGGAGAGGCAGCCUCCGGAAGCGUCAUGA